ACCAAUUCUCUCCUUAAAAAAAUCAAAGAUCAUCUUUUCUUCUUAUUAUUUCUCUCUAAUCUCAACUCUUUCUUGUGUUUAUAAAAGCUUAGUCAAAGACAAUGGAGAAUCUGUUUCGUCUUGUUGAUCAAGACCAAGAUUUGUUUCAGCCUAAAUGGACUUUGGUCAAUGGUCCGAUUAUCGUUGGUGCAGGACCAUCGGGGCUGGCAGCCGCCGCUUGUCUAAAGGAACAAGGGGUGCCCUUUGCUGUGGUCGAAAGAGCUGAUUGCAUUGCAUCUUUGUGGCAAAAACGAACCUACGACAGGCUAAAGCUUCACCUUCCAAAACAAUUCUGCCAACUCCCUAAACUAGCUUUCCCAGAGGACUACCCGGAGUACCCAACAAAGAGACAGUUCAUUGAGUACCUCGAGUCAUAUGCCAAGCAUUUUGAUAUCAACCCAAAGUUCAAUGAGUGUGUUCAGUCAGCUAGGUACGAUGAGACCAGUGGUUUCUGGAGGGUGAAGACAGUUGGCUCGAACAAGACCGAGCUCGAAUACAUUUGCCGAUGGCUUAUUGUGGCCACCGGCGAAAAUGCUGAGUCCGUGAUGCCAGACAUUGAAGGAUUGUCUGAGUUUGGUGGUGACGUUAUCCACGCUUGUGAUUAUAAGUCUGGUGAAAAAUUCAAGGGGCAGAAAGUACUUGUCGUCGGCUGCGGUAACACCGGGAUGGAAGUUUCUCUUGAUCUUUGCAACCACAAUGCUUCACCUUCAAUGGUGGUUCGCAGCUCGGUUCAUGUCUUGCCAAGAGAAAUUUUCGGGAAAUCGACAUUCGAAUUGGCUGUUUUGAUGAUGAAAUGGCUACCCCUUUGGCUUGUUGACAAGCUCAUGUUGAUUCUGGCCUGGUUGGUUCUGGGAAACACUGAAAAAUAUGGACUCAAAAGGCCAUCAACUGGUCCAUUGGAACUCAAGAACACACAAGGGAAAACCCCUGUAUUGGACAUCGGUGCAUUGGAGAAAAUCAGAUCAGGUGACAUUAAUGUCGUCCCUGGAAUCAAGCGUUUCUCACGUGGUCAAGUCGAGCUCUUUAAUGGCGAAAAACUCGAUAUCGAUUCGGUUGUUUUGGCUACCGGAUACCGCAGCAAUGUUCCCUCAUGGCUUCAGGAAGGUGAGUUCUUUGCUAAAAAUGGAUACCCAAAGGCACAAUUCCCACAUGGGUGGAAAGGGAAAGCUGGGCUUUAUGCAGCUGGGUUCACCAGGAGAGGGCUCUCAGGUGCUUCCUUAGAUGCCAUGAGGAUUGCACAAGACAUCGGCACUGUGUGGAAAGAGGAAAAUAAGCAGCUCAAAAAGAGAAGCAUUGCUCGCCAUAGACGCUGCAUUUCACUUUCACAGUUCUAAAAACUUAUAAUAAUCCUCACCAACAGCUAGGAAAUUAGCUUUAUUCUUGUAAAAAUAAUGAUACUCACCAAAAAAAAAAAUGGGAAAGAAAACAGGUAGCACAGGCUGACAGAGCCCUCUCCAAAGGCCCAAGUUUUGUUUUCUUUGGGCAUUUUGUAUAACGAGAAUGAUGGGGCAUCUAAUUUUU